UCUUGUGUAGUUGUGUCCAACUUAGCUUUCAUUUCUUGUUUUAGCUAGCUAGCUAGCCUCGAUCUUCAUUCGGAAAAAUUGAAAACAAAAAUGGAAAGAAUGGUUUUCCAAGCUGCACUAAAAGGAGAUGUAGAAAGCUUAAAGAGGCUUUUAGAUGAAGAUCCUCUGAUUCUGGAGAGAAGCAUGGCUAGUGGUGUUUACUCCGACACACCACUGCAUGUGGCAGCGAUGCUGGGAUACCAGGAUUUUGCCAAUGAAAUCCUUAAGAGAAAGCCCGAGCUAGCCAAAGAGUUGAAUUCCAGUCAAUCUUCGCCUCUUCAUCUCGCGGCUGCCAUGGGGCAUGCGGGCCUGGUUAGAUGUUUACUGUUAUCUGAUCGCGGGAUCUGUAAAGUUAGAGAUAAAGAUGGCCUCACUCCCUUCCACCUUGCAGCUGUGAAAGGGAGAGUUGAGGUGUUGAAGGAGCUGAUGAAGAUGAGUGAUGGGGAUGAUGAAAUUUGUGGCAGUGAAGAAUUAUUAAGUGAGGUGAUGGCGAUAGAUGGUGAGAUUUUGGGAGAGAGCAUUUUGCAGAUGUGUGUUAAGCAUGGGCAGUUGGAGGCUCUCAAGUUUCUUGUGGAGAUGAUUGGAGACCGAGAUGGCGAGGCUUUGAAGUUUUUGGUCCACCGUAGUAGAAUACAAGUGAAUGCUGUAAAUGGGAAUGGGGUAAGAGGUAUGGACACUCUCUUAUUACAAACUAGAAAUAAUAAUGGGAAAGAGAUGGAAAUCGGAGAAGUAGUUGUGAGGAGGGACAAGGAAGCUAUUAAAGAAUCAGAGAAUAAUAGUGAUAUGCACAAGUACAAGAAGCCAAAUGCAGAGAAUUGGUUUGAUGAAAUGCGUGAGGGGUUAAUGGUGGCAUCUUCGUUGCUGGCAACAAUGGCAUUUCAGGCCAUUGUUAGCCCCCCUGGCAGUGUAAUGCAGGAAACUAAACUUAUCUACCAAGAAGAUGUGAUUUCGGAUGAUUGGUUUAGUUAUUUACUUGGAAUAUAUUAUAUAUAUAGGAAUGAUGAUGUAGCACCGGCGCCUAGUUCUAAUGUGAGUGGCAAAGGUAGAAUAGGAGAAUCUGUGAUGUCUAAUUACAAACCAGUUGCUUAUCAAGUGUUCAUGGUGGCCAACACGUUAAGCUUUCUGGCAUCUCUCAGUGUCAUACUGUUACUCAUAAGUGGAUUACCCCUUCAUCGCAAAUUCUUCAUGUACGCAAUGAUGAUCACAAUAUGGGUCGCCAUUACUGCAGCGAGUUUCAGCUAUGUUUCGUGCCUCAAUAUGAUUACUUCGUGGGAUUAGCAAGAGUGGGUCACAGCUUACAUCCUGACCUUAUUCUGGUGCUGUGUUUUUGCAACACUUGCCGUGAUUAUUGCUGCUGGGUAUGUAAUUAAGAUCACAGUAGCGGUGAUAACAUGUUUGCGGCCGACACCAUUGAAGAGAAGCUCAUCGUCCUACAACAAUUCCAAGAAGAAUUCUUCAAGUGCAAUGGUUUAAGAUUGAGCUGAUCGAUCCACUGUUGCAUGUCUAUCUGCAAUUAUAUAUAUUAUCAAUAAUUAUGGGAUGACCAAG